AGAACGGCCCCCCUCUUGCUUCUUGCUAUCUUCCAAAAUCCCUAAACCCCCUUCCUUCCUCACCUUUAACUAUAACUAUAUAUAAACCACCUCUCCUUCAUCUUUUGCCCCCCUCUCUCUCCUUCUCUCUCUUUCAACUGCCUCUGUCGUCGUCUCCUUUCUCCUUCCAGCUCUCCCUCAUUUCUCUCAUCGUCAACCUCUUCUCCUCCGUCGACAACUAAUUAAUACGCCCUAGCUUGAUAAGCAGUUCGAGUCUUGAAGAACAUCUUUUUACUAGCUCUGCCACCUUACAAGUGUUCGCUCAGUAACAUUAUUUAAUUCCUUACAAAUAUAGAAAUGUUCAAGAGAAGUAUUGCAAAGCUCAAUCAGGCUAUGGGAUUUCAAAGAUCAUCUACCAAUAAACCAAAAAUGCAGCCUGGAAAUGAUCGCUCCACAAGUAUGAGAACAACUAAUAUUAAAAGUCAUCCCAUUACCAGCGGACCUAUUUCCAUAAACGAUGCAAGUUACGACACAUGGGUGGUGGAACACCCUUCUGCACUGGGCUCAUUUGAUCAGAUGAUGAAAGCAGCGAAGGGGAAGAAGAUUGCCGUGUUUUUAGAUUACGAUGGUACUCUUGCACCUAUUGUAGAUAAUCCUGAUCUUGCCUUCAUGUCUGAUGAGAUGCGCUCAGCAGUACGUGAAGUUGCUAAGUAUUUCCCAACAUUUAUAAUCACUGGUAGGAGCAGGGACAAGGUUAAAGAAUUUGUACAGUUAAGUAAUGUAUAUUAUGCAGGAAGCCAUGGCAUGGACAUUUUAGCACCGCCAAGGCCAGUUAAGUCCUGUGAUGGAAAGUACCAAUCCAUAGCCCUUGAUAAGAAGGGGAAUGAGGUUCUCUUUCAACCUGCCAAGAAAUUUUUGCCUGCAAUUCAAAAGAUACAAACAGCAUUGGAAGAGAAAGUCGUGAAAAUACAAGGUGCUAGGAUAGAGGACAAUAGGUUUUGCAUCUCUGUACAUUUCCGACAGGUUAGAGAAGAGGAUUAUGAAACUUUGGAGAAGGAUGUGAAGUCUGUACUUGAACAUUAUCCGGAGUUUCACUUAAGUUGGGGUAAAAAGGUCAUGGAGAUACGACCAUCGAUACAGUGGGACAAAGGUGAUGCUUUAGAAUAUUUACUUGACACUCUAGGGCUAAGCAACUCCAACGAUGUCAUACCAGUGUACAUAGGAGAUGAUCGAACGGAUGAAGAUGCUUUUAAGGUGAUACAAAGAAGGGGCCAAGGAUACCCAAUAAUUGUAAGUUCAAGUCCAAAGGAUACUAAAGCUUCUUUCUCCCUCCAUGAUCCAUCAGAAGUUUUGACGUUCUUGUUGCGUCUGGCAAGGUGGAGGAAGUCUUCAAGUUCAAGUAGUAGGUCACUAGCCCAAAUUUGGGGUGUGAGCAAUUGAAACCAAGUUCUGAUAUAAUGCACAUAUAAGAAAUGGAGAGCAAAAUAAAGAUGUUUAUACGUAGAGAGAAGGGAUCGUGUGGGAUUAAGGGUAUGCUUGCUUUCUUGCUUUCCGCUUCUAAAUUAGCAAUCAAAUUUUACACUCAGGGUUGUAAAUGAUUUUCGUAAGAAAUUCAAAUAAGAAAGAGAAAUCCAAAUUUUCGUUGUGUCAAA